AUGGCAAUCUCGGCUGAUGAAAAGCCCACCUACAACACCCUCAAAACCAUCCACCAAGAGUUGAAUGCCAAUGCCAUGGCCGUUCCUUCCACCCUUGGCGGAGGAAGCUACGGCCAUCUCGCCCUAGUCAUCACCCCCGCAGCAUUCGCAGCACUCCCCAAUGCUCUACCAUGGGUCACACCAGUCCACCCAGGGCCAAAUCUCAUUCAUGGAGAUGCCCCCAACAGUGCACAAAUCACCGAGACCAACCGCUUGUAUGCAUCCAACGAAAAAACAUUCUUAACCUACCGAGCAACAGAAACGGCACUCCAAAAGCAACUCCUACAAGCUAUCCCCGACACAUUCAUCAAAUCAUUGAAGCACGAAAUGUAUGGAUAUGCACAGGUGACAGCAUUGGCCACCCUCAUCCACUUGGACACCACAUACGGAAAAGUCAACGCCGAUGACCUGGAAGACAACAUGAACAGAAUGGCCGAGUGGAUCAACACAAAGACCUCUUCUCCUUAG